UUGAGGGCAGACGGGCAGACGGAUGAAGGAGUUACCACUUACUUGAAAAUGGCUUUACAGCGGUUGUUGGCUCUGGAGACGAGUGCCAACAUCCCAACGACCUUCAUCACCCGUAUCUACAUCUUCCUUUUUGUCUCUUCUUCUAUCUCUCUUUCAAUUCAAUCAAGAUGACGGUCGCUGGUAUCAUGAAGCAAUACCAGGUGGUUGGUCGCAAGGCCGCCACCGAUGAUCAUCCCAACCCAGAGGCCUACCGUAUGAUCAUCUUUGCCCCCAAUCCUGUUGUGGCCAAGUCCAAGUUCUGGUACUACAUGCAUCAGUUUCGUAAGAUGAAGAAGACCACAGGUGAAAUCUUGGACGUCAAUGAAAUUGUCGAAAAGAACGCCAGUAUCGUCAAGAACUACGGAAUCUGGUUGCGUUACCAGAGUCGUUCUGGUACCCACAACAUGUACCGUGAAUAUCGCGAUAUCAAGUUGACAGGAGCCGUCAGUCAGCUCUACGAUGAAAUGGCCGGAAGACACCGAACUCGUCCUCGUUCCAUCCAGAUCAUCCGUACCGGUACCGUCAAGGCCGCCGACUUGAAGCGUGUCAAUGGAAUGCAGUAUGCCAAAGCCAAGGUCAAGUUCCCACUUCCCCACCGAGUCACAUCGGCAAAGCGAGGACAAAAGGCUCUCACCACAGCCACCUACACCACAGUGCGCCCUACCACCUUCUUUGGGUAAGACAGACGUUGCAAGAAGAAAUAAUUAUAAUGAUAGUACUUUUCAUUCCAAGGUUGCCC